AUGUACUUAGAAGUUCCCGUCCCCCCCUCCCCCCCUCCAUAUCCCCCCUUUAAUUCCCUGGUUCUCCCUCCCUGUUCUGCGACUCCAGCGUACGUAUUCUUGGUUGCUGUUGCAGCGAGUGUGAGACGGAGAUACGUCAUAGGACGCUAG